AUGCACUCGGCGCGACCUGUUUCCCGAGCGACGUCGCGCAGCUCGGCGCACGAGUCGAAAACGCUCCUCAACCUCACCAACGAGCUUCACCAGCUACAGCUUGGCGCCAUCAGCCUCAAGGUCGUCAAUCCAGCUCUCGCGGCUUCGGUGCGCCAGUUCGCCGACCGGGUCAGCAACGGCGUCGGCAACUGGCCCGUGUGGAACGCGCUCGCGACGCUUCGAGACGAGACGACCUCGCCAUCGCGCCCGCUGCAGGCUUCAGUCUUCCAUAUCGUCGAGACGGUCAAGCUGGGUCUGCUGCACUCGACUAUCACGUCCGUCUCGUCCAUGGCGCCAGCUUUCGCCGCCAUCAACCACAUCAUCAACUUUGGGAGCGUCACGAACGCGCUCGAGCAGGCGCACGGACCCUCUUCUUCUCUCCCUGCCCCAACCGUCGACAGCUCCGACUCGGCGGGCAGCUCGCCCGUAUCCUUCUCGGUCUCUCGCCAUCGCCUCCUCGCACCCUCCUCCUCCUCCUCAGCAUCAUCCGCAUCGUAUGCCGCUCGUUACGCCGUCCCGGCCUUUACCUCGGCGCCUCGAUCUCCCCUCGGGAGCGCAAAGCCGUCGUCGACGCAGCCUCGCCUCGACGAGUCGUACGCCGUCUUCAACGCCGCCUUGCUCCACCUCAGCCGCGUCCGCCCAGCUCAGCCGCUGCCUCACGACUCGAGCGUCGAGAUUGACACGGCGGUUGAGAAGCUCGAAGCAGCAGUGCCCACGAGCGCAGCCUGGGAAGCCCUGUCGGUCGUCAAGCCCCGAGGCGCGCUGCCAGGCGAGGAGACGUCUUUCCAGCAGCAGGUCCUCGAGCGGCUGCAUGUGCUCGUGGUCGAGUUGGGGGAGGGCACGCUGUGGGAGGCCGAGCUCAUCCGCCUACAAGUCAGCAGUAUUCUCGGCAUCAUCGACGAAGGCGAGAAGCACGCUCGCUGGCAGCAGCACCACGCGCGCAGCUUGGCAAAGCGCUCGCCGGUCAGGCAGCUCGUCUCGGCGCGCACAGCGGCGAGGUACCGAGUCUCGCAGGAGGACUUGGCGAGGCGGUGGACGUAG